AUGUGGCUGCAAGUGAGAGUGGUAGUGCUCAAACUCCACUUGGUGGUGGUUCUACAAGUCAACCGAAGUCAAGAGGACCGAUGGACAAGUUUGUGUCCUCAAAAGCUCGGCAAGCUACAUUGAAUUCUUCAUUCAAGAAAGAAGAAAGACGUAAUGUGUGUAGGGCGAUUGGGCGGUUGUUCUAUACUAGUGCCAUAGCAUUCAAUGUGGCAAAUAAUCCUUAUUAUUUUGCGGCAUUGGAGCAAGUUUCCAAGUACGGCCCCGGUUUUCAACCUCCAACUAGUCAUGAGCUAAGGACUUGGAUUUUGAAAGAAGAAGUUGUAGAUGUUCAAAAAAUGAUGUUAGAGCACAAAAAAGAUUGGAGCCAUUAUGGAUGCACAAUUAUGUCGGAUGGUUGGACGGAUGGCAAAAGUAGGGUUAUACUAAAUUUUUUAGUAAAUAGCCCUAGAGGUACAUGGUUCUUGAAAUCGGUUGAUGCAUCGGAUACAAUUAAAAAUGGGGAGUUGAUGCUCAAUUAUUUGGAUAGUGUUGUGGAGGAGGUAGGGGAGGAGAAUGUGGUCCAAAUAGUUACCGACAAUGCUUCUAAUUAUAAGUGGGCGGGAAAGGAACUUAUGAAGCAUAGAAGCAAAUUGUGGUGGACUCCAUGUGCGGCUCAUUGCAUUGACUUGAUGUUGGAGGAUAUAAGCAAGUUGAAAGUCUUUGAAACUACCAUUCAAAGAGCUAAGCAAAUUGUGAAGUUUAUUUAUGGGCACACACAAGUUCUUUCCAUUAUGAGAAAAUUCACCGAGAACAAGGAGAUUAUUCGUCCGGCGGUUACAAGGUUUGCCACAUCUUUUCUCUCUCUUCAAAGUUUAUAUAAGCAAAAGGAAGCUCUCAUUAGUAUGUUUUCAUCUACCGAUUGGAAUGAAUGUGGAUGCACAAAACAUAAAGAUGCAAAUGAUGUGAGGAAGUGGAUACUUCAUGAUGGAAGUUUUUGGAACCAUGUUGCUUAUUGUAUAAAAAGUGUUCUACCACUUGUUUGUGUUUUGAGAGAGGUUGAUUCGGAAGUGAGACCCGCUAUGGGAUUUAUCUAUGAGUUGAUGGAUGCUGCAAAAGAAAAGAUAGCUAAGAAUCUUGGAAAUGUGGAAGUAAAGUAUGGUCCAAUUUGGAGGAGAAUAGAUAAUAGAUGGAGUCCACAACUUCAUCAACCAUUGCAUGCAGCGGGUUAUUACUUGAACCCUCAAUUUCGGUAUGAAGAAAACUUUUCAAAUACCGAGCAUGUGAAGAAUGGUUUGGAAGAGUGCAUGGAUAGGAUGCUAGUUGGUGAGGAUCGUAUUAAAGCGGAGAUACAAUUAGACUUAUAGGAGCGAAAGCUCGGUAAGUUUGGAAGUGAAAUGGCCUUGUCUACUAGGAAGAAGCGAUCACCCGUGUUUUGGUGGGAAAAAUAUGGGACACAAACACCGGAGUUGAUGAAUUUUGCUACUCGGGUCCUUUCCCUUACUUGUAGUGCAUCGGGGUGUGAGAGGAAUUGGAGCACUUUUGAAAUGAUUCAUACCAAAAAGAGGAAUAGGCUUGAGCAUAAGAGGUUGCAUGCUUUAGUCUAUGUGAAAUACAAUGUUGCUCUAAGAGAUAGGACUAUGAAAAGAAAUGCCACAAUGAUCGAUCCUAUUGUUGUGGAAGAAAUUGAAUCCGAUGAUGAAUGGAUAACGGAGAUAGAGGAUCCGGUUCUUCCUACCGAUCCUAAUUGGCUUGAGGAUAGAAUAGACGAUCUAACAUUGAAUGAUGAGGCGGUUAGGAAUGUGCCAAUUGGUACAUACCAAAGUACCCUAAUAGAUAGAGAGCCUACUCCUCGUGAGGCUUCUCCUCCUCCCCGUGAGCCUACUCCUCCCCGUGAGCCUACUCCUUCUCUUGAUGAGCCUAUUGUUUUAUACAAAAGGAAAUCUAGUCAAGCACCAAGUUCAAGUAGAAGAAAGCUUCCAAGAAAAUCAAUGCGUCUUGAAGACAUUGCGGAUGAUGAUAUUAGAACCAAUCCAUAUGAAGAUACUAAUCCUCUCUUUGAGUACCAAGAUGAUGAUAGUGAUGGUGGAGAUAGUUUGGAUGGUGAUCUUCUAGUUGAUGAGGAUGAUGAUUUUGAAGCAUGA